AUGUAUGAUACUCAGAGCGUUAAUACAAUUCAUGGAUGUAUGAUUCAGACCGUUAAUACAAUUCAUGGAUGUAUGAUACUCAGACCGUUAACACAAUUCAUGGAUGUAUGUUACUCAGACCGUUAUCACAAUUCAUGGAUGUAUGAUGCUCAGACCGUUAAUACAAUUCAUGGAUGUAUGAUGCUCAGAGCGUUAAUCACAAUUCAUGGAUGUAUGAUACUCAGACGUUAUCACAAUUCAUGGAUGUAUGAUACUCAGACCGUUAAUACAAUUCAUGGAUGUAUGAUACUCAGACCGUUAAUACAAUUCAUGGAUGUAUGA